AACAGCUGUCCUGGGUUCUUGAUGACAAAGUGAGUGAAGGCAAGGAAGUGUUCUUGAUUUACCCCCUGGCUUGGAGAGAGCAACUCUGUUCUACUUGAGGGGGAGAAGCUGCAGCCCUGGAAGGGAUGGAAAUGCUGGUCAGAGCAGCCGUGCUUAUGAGUCCUCUUCUCUUCUGCAAUGCUUUUCUGAACCUGACUGGCCACCAUAAGAUUGAAGGUGUAUGGAAGGAAUCUACCACCUUGCCAUGUGCCUAUGUGCCUGUGAAGGACUUUGUACAGCAGAUACUCAAGUGGAUGGUGGUCCAUCACCAGAGUUCUGUCACCAUCUUUCGGAGGGAUGACUCUGGCGACCAUGUUCUCCUGUCUGAGUACAGGGGCAGGGUCAGCGUCCUGAAGGAUGCACCAGGGAAUGUGUCUCUCCACAUCCUGAACCUGGAGCUCUCUGACAAGGGAACCUACAUUUGCCAGGUCACCUGGAGGGACAGCAACAACAGCCUUGUAGUAAGAGAGAUCACCACUGAACUGGAGAUUAUUAAAGUUGCAGCAACCAAGCCCAUCAUCAGGGCCGGCGAGCUGGGGCUGACAGUCCCAGCAGGAGCCAGGACCAGCCUUACAUGUGUGGCCAGCGGGUCCCCCCCCAUCAGCUACCGCUGGUUCAGGGGCACCCCGGGAGGGAAAGCCCUGCUCCUGAGCAGCCAGGCUGAGCUGGUGUGGGACAGCCUGCAGCCCUCCGACACCGGGAAGUACUACUGUGAGGCAGAAAACAAAGCCAGGGCCGGGCCUGUGCAGAGUGAUGCUGUUGAGCUGACGGUGACAGAUCCUCCCAUAACAGUAGUGACUUCCAAGAACGGUGCAGGAUAUCCGGAAAAGGAUUCUGCAACUCAAAAUCCUCCCAUAACAGUAGUGACUUCCGAGAACGGUGUUGGAUAUCCGGAAAAGAAUUCUACAACUCAAAAUGUCCAGGGGACUCACCUGUCCCUGUUCCUGGUCAUCCUGAUUGUGGUGGCGUGCACUGCUGCGGUUUUGCUCAUCAUCUUUCUUAUCAUUCGCAUUAGAAAGCCCAAAGACGCUCAGACCUAUGAAGUAAAAUUCCAUAACUCAAGAGCAGCAGCUGCUUCAAGGUGUGAAAAUACAGGUUACUAUGAGGAACCCAUCUCCUCCACUGAGAACAACUAUGUGAUGGAGCCUGAAAAAGACAAAAGAUCUGAAGAAAUAAAUAUGAAAAAGAAUGAAUAUGAUCGUGUUGGAAACACCAUGGAAUCUGAAUAUGAAGUAGGGGACACUGCGUGAGAACCAACUUACUGCUACAUGUAGCAGUCCUGAAGAGCACUUUCAUCCAGGCAAAAUGUAUCUUCCUAUUCACCUUAGCCUCUGAAAAAAUAGGUUGGGCAAGCAGUUUUUGCUCCUUCAUGACUUGUGGAGCCUUAACAAUCUCUGCAACGAAAACACAAAGCUUUUCGGGAACUUCAGUUACAAACUCCUGUACAGAUCUUCUGAUUUUGCCUGGUUUCCCUUUCACCACCUCUGUAAAAGAAAGUCCUUUGAAAGCCAGGGUAUGCAGAUUGCAGGCCGAGAGCACUGAACUCAGUGCUUUGCAAUACCAUAAGGAUCUGCAUUUACAGCCUUCAUGUGGUAGGAGUAGAACCAGCACCAAGAACAGCUCAACAUCCCCAUCAUCAUUGGGUAAGAAGUGCAGAAUGAGAGAAUGAGGCUGGCCUGGGAAUUGGCAUUUCUCCUCCCACCGGCCUGAGUGUUGCAUGGGUGGUAAAAUGUCUUAAAUGUGAGAUAGCCCUUAAAGAAACACUGAAAGACAGAUUAAGGACAGGAUAAACCAAGAACCCUACCACCUAAGGAGUACAAAAAACACUGUUCUGUGCUGAAUUCACCCUCCUGCAUCAUCUGCAGUAAGAUGCAGGCACACUUUCUAUAAUUUUGGUGCUGAACAGCUUGGGUGAUUCUGAAACUGCAAAAGACACAUUCUUCCUGAGCCCACCUUCUCCAUUCUCUCUUUUAAUGCAUGUUUAAUAUUUAAAAGGAAUUAGAUGCUUUUCCCAAGUUUGUGGGUAAGACUGCUUACACAUGCCUAAAGUAUUUUGAUGAGUAUUUUUGCAUGACAGGCUCAUCUUUAAAAUGCCAGGGAGCACCCACAAUUGCAGCUCCUCAAUAGAUGCUCAUGAAGUACUUUCCUCCUGGCUUAGGAAGGAAAGGGCAAGUAAGGAGCUGAAAAGCUUUGUUUUUCAUAAUUUCUACUAUCCUCAGUAAAUCUAUAACAUGGAUACAGCAGAUUUAUGGGAGAACAUUUUUAUGGUAAUUGGCGAUACUAUGUCAGAUUGAAAGCCAUGCAGACAGAUGUAAAACAUAAAGAGCAAUCUGAAGGGUAAGGGGGAUAUCGGUGAUAAUCCUGUAUCCUGGAUACAGGAUUAAGGGGCCCCCAGAUUUGCUGUUCACACUUGGGAAAAAUCUGCAUCUGCAAUUCUCUGCAAGCAUCAGCUCAAAAUUCACCAGCAGUCCAAGAAGGUAUUGGGUGCUAUUAGAAAAAAUAUUACAACACAAUAGAAAACAGGACUGUGAUAAUGUAAAAACUUAUGGAAUGCUUCCACCUUAUGUAGGUCUCUCAUCUUGAAAGGUUUUAAAAGAGCUAGAAAAGUUACUGAGAAUGAUAAUUAAGGAUGAUUAGUGGCAUGAAACCACUUCUGUGCAAAUGCAUUAUACUUUUUCAACUUGGAAAAAAGAAGAAUGAGGCAAAAUGAGCAAAGCUUACUCAUCAUGACCAAUGUGAGGAAGAUGACUAGAGAGUAUUUGUUUCUGGUUUCCCCAAAGAUAAAAGGAAGGAAAUGUUAGCUAAAAUUAUCUAGUAGCACUUUUUAAAGGAAGAGGAAAAGUACUUUUACGCAAUACAGACGUGUGGGACACAAUGCUACUCAUCCAGUGCUGUGAAAAGUCAAAGUACACAGAGGUCCACUGAGAAAUUAGAGGACGGACUGACAUAAAAGCUCACCAAAAUUCACAAACCACCAGGCACACUUUACAGGUACUUAUUAGUGACUUCGUGUUUUCUCCCUGAAUUUCCUGUACCAGUUUUAUUUCUCUUUAAGAAUGUGCUUAAAAAAACAGGGCUAGGAAACCUUGAUUUCGAAAUGGAAAGGGAACAAACAGCAACUUUUGCUGGUGAUGAUGUCUUGGAAAAAAGUUGUCAAGAUGUACAUACAGCUUAUUGUAGAUGUGGAGAAACAAAUGAAAACCAUUAAACUUCAGGACUGUAAAGUUA